UCUAACUAUUUCCACUCACAUUUUUGACUGGUACUGGAUGUUGCUUUUUGUUAUAAUAAAUGAAAUCGAAAAUUCAACCUAGCAACAAUUUACUCUAAAGUCCAAGGCGGACUGUUUGGCAGUUAGUUGGCUGACCUUGGAUUUUCCAAUUGUUCUUUUGAGUUACUUUAAGAAUGAAAACAUAUCGUGGUCCUCGAACAGGAGAGGCUUUUUAUGAAUCUUUCGAAGGAGCCCCCUUACGAACGGCUGUACUGACUUACUUAAGCUUUCUAAUCCUAAAUAUUUUGGGAAGACUUCAAGAUUUUCUGCGAUUCCUCCAUAUUUUGAAAAAUCAUUCAGUGACAGAGCCAGAGCGCACCAGAUCUUUUGUGCCCCUCUACUCUUCCUAUGAGGCCUUUUAUACACGAAAUUUAUAUAGAAGAGUUCAAGACUGUUGGAAUAGACCUAUUUGUUCAGCACCAGGCAGUGAAAUGGUAGUGAUGAAUCGCAUUUCACCAGACUGUGGAUGGACUUUAAAUUUUACUGGAACGAAAUCAAAGGUUUUAAACUUAGGAUCGUAUAACUAUCUGGGAUUUGGUGAUCCUACUGGACCAUGCACUGAAGCUACAGAAAAAGUAACGCGAAAGUUUGGCGUUGGUAUAGCAAGUCCUAGACAGGAGGCUGGAAGCUUAAUAUUACACAAAGAACUUGAGGAUUUAGUUGCCGAAUUUGUUGGUCAAGAAGCAGCUAUUGUUUUCAGCAUGGGAUUCGCAACUAAUUCCCUUAAUCUACCUUGUCUUGUUGAUAAAGAAUGCUGUGUAAUCAGCGAUGAAUUGAAUCAUACAAGUCUUGUCCUUGGCUGUCGGUUAACUGGAGCAACAGUGCGCCGUUUCAAGCACAAUGAUAUGGAGGAUUUAGAAAGGGUUCUACAAGAUUCUGUUGUUUAUGGUCGUCCGCGUACCCAUCGUCCUUAUAAAAAAAUUCUGGUUGUAGUCGAAGGUAUUUACAGUAUGGAGGGAAGUAUUCUCCACCUUCCAGAGGUGAUUGCAUUAAAGAAAAAGUAUAAAGCAUAUCUGUAUUUGGAUGAAGCACACAGUAUCGGUGCUUUAGGUCAAAUGGGUCGUGGUGUAGCAGAUUAUUUUGGUGUUGAUCCACGUGACAUUGAUAUUGCUAUGGGUACAUUUACAAAGAGUUUUGGUUCAUGCGGUGGUUAUUUAGCUGGUAAUCGAAAGUUAAUUGAUUAUUUACGUUCAACAUCGCAUAGUGCUGUAUACGGUGGGAGUAUGCCAGCACCAGUAGCUCAACAGAUUAUAUCAGCAAUGAGAAUAGUUAUGGGAAAAGAUGUUCCUGGUGAAGGUGAACGAAGACUAAAGUGUUUAGCUCAGAAUACGCGUUAUUUUCGUGCACGACUACAUGAAAUGGGUUUAAUUGUUUAUGGAAAUCGUGACAGUCCAGUAGUACCAGUUAUAAUCUAUAUGCCAGCUAAAUUAGUCGCUUUUUCAAGAAGAUGUUUAGAAUUGGGACUUGGUACAGUAGUUGUUGGCUUCCCAGCUACAACUCUACUUUUGUCCAGAGUACGUUUUUGUAUUUCAUCAUCGCAUACACGAGAAUUACUAGAUAAAGCUUUAAGUAUAAUUGAUCAAGUGGCUGAAGAAUUAGGUCUGCGUUACAGUAAACAACCAAUCCCGCAAUGGGCUAAAGAUAUUCUAGACGACAGUAAAAAACAUCCACCUUACAUGAAUGGUGUAUUGAAAACUAUUGAACCAAAAAAUGAAGAAUUCAAACAUUCAUCUGUACUGGAUGCUGUGAAUACUAAAAACAAGGUGAAAAAACGUUGUUUAAAAAGAGAUGCCAAUGAAAAAUGCGGAAUUAAUACACACUUUUAAAUUUAUUAUGCUGCAGUUUAACAAAUAUAAAAUAUCAAUGUGAAUUAAUUCACUGGACGUGAAGACUUUUUAUAGAUGAAAAUCAAUGGGGGUGAGAUUAAUCGAAACAGGAAAAGAUGGAUGAAUCAACUUAUAAUGUGUAUAUUAUUUCUUAUGAUUGAUUAUUCUAUCUAUUUAUAAUUCAUGUAUACUGUUUUUGUUUUGCUAAAUCACAUUUAUUAAUAUAAUAUUAUUGUUUUCCCCUUCAAACUUUCAAUCAUGUUAAUUUUUUGAUUUCUUGCUUUUUGUAUAAGUACUUAUAAUAUAAAUACUGUUACUAAACUGUUCAUCGUGUGUGUAGUUUAGGCAUCUUUUAUUUUCCAUUCAUUCACUGUUGAUAAACUUGAUCAAUGACCAAUACAUUAAUUCGAUCACUUCCUUUGUAUAAAUAUGAAUUAUAAUGCUUUCACUGUUGUUGACAGUACAGACUUGUAUCCCUUUUUGUAUAGCUACUAUUACUCCAACAAGCACACUUGUGAUAUAAAAGAUAUAGAUAGGAUUAUACAUCUUUCCCUACAACACUAUCACUUGCUUAAAGCUUGCUAUUAUUUCUAUACUUCAUCCAUUCUGUUGUAGGCAUUCCGUAUCUACCUGGUUUUGAUUGUCUAAUUUUAAUCCCUUUUCUUAGCAUCAUAAUUUCUGUGAUACUGUUUUUUACCUGUAGGUCACUGUUGUUUUUUUUAUGUGAAUUAUCUCUAUCCGUUGGCAUAUGCUGAAGUACACAGACGUUUUGUUGUUGUUGCUGUUAUUGUUGAUUUUUCUUCUCUCUCUCUCCAAUGUGACUUGACUGUUCAGUGUUACUUAGUGAUUUAGUUUUCAUCAAAAAGUAAACAUUCUACUGCUCAGUAGUAGUAUAUAAAUAUACAUAUCUUUGUUUAUUUGUUUGUGAUACAAUAUGAUUUUCUUUUGCAUUGCCUUACUAUAUUUCUAAUGUUCCUUCCUUCCUUUUUGUCUAAAAGUUGUCAUACAUUGGUUUAUACUCUUUACCUCAAAAAUAUAAGUAUAAUUGUUUAACUUAUGUGUCAAUCGUGCUUAUCAUUCUGCUGUGAUAAUGACGACAAUUUCUUUUCCUUUUAAAUAACUUUAAUCAAAAACAUAUCUUUCCUAUUAAACUGUAAAAAUUUCAUCCAAUAUACCAAUGGUUGUUGGUGUUACAUUUGCACAAGUUGUCUAUUUUAACCUUAUAUUUUUAUUUGUAGAUAGUUUUGUUGUUUGAAACAUCUUUUAUUUCACCAGAUAAAGUUUGACUACUAACUAAUAGAAAGUAGAUAACUGUAUUUUUGAUGAAAAAGUAUGUGCGUGAUUAUCUG